AUGGCAAAACCGCGUGGAAGAAAAGGCGGUAGGAAGCCUUCACUUACUCCACCUAAAAAUAAGAGAGCUGCGCAACUUAGAGCAUCCCAAAACGCAUUUAGAAAACGAAAGUUGGAAAGAUUAGAAGAACUAGAGAAGAAAGAAGCUCAGCUAACGGUAACAAAUGAUCAAAUUCACAUAUUAAAGAAGGAAAAUGAACUUCUCCAUUUUAUGCUGAGGAGUCUUUUGACUGAGAGGAACACGCCUUCUGAUGAACGGAACAUUAGUAAGGCCUGUUGUGAAGAAAAACCGCCCACAUGUAACACUCUCGAUGGUAGUGUGGUUCUUUCCUCCACAUAUAAUUCCCUUGAAAUACAGCAAUGCUACGUAUUUUUCAAGCAACUGCUCUCAGUGUGUGUUGGAAAGAAUUGUACAGUGCCGUCACCGUUGAAUUCCUUUGAUCGGUCCUUCUAUCCCAUAGGCUGUAGAAAUCUCUCAAAUGACAUACCAGGCUAUUCUUUUCUAAAUGAUGCAAUGAGUGAGAUUCAUACAUUUGGUGACUUCAAUGGGGAACUUGAUAGUUCCUUUUUGAAGUUUAGUGGGACUGAAAUAAAGGAGCCAAAUAAUUUCAUUACUGAAAACACUAAUGCAAUAGAAACAGCGGCAGCAAGCAUGGUGAUUAGGCAGGGUUUCCAUUCAAGACAGUAUUAUACAGCGGAUGGUUUUGGAGGGGACGUUCUAUUAAGUGCGAUGGAUAUUUGGAGUUUUAUGAAAGUACAUCCAAAGGUUAACACAUUUGACCUUGAAAUUUUGGGAACAGAACUUAAGAAAAGUGCUACCUGUUCUAAUUUUGAUAUUUUAAUUAGCCUCAAGCAUUUCAUUAAGGUCUUUUCGUCAAGAUUAUAA